UAAGCGGGUUCGCUGUUUGUUUGUGUAGCUUAAUGGUAAAAAUGGCGGUGCGGGGAGAGAGAGAACCCGAGCACUGCGAGGAUUAAACACACGAAUAAUGCCUCGCUUUGGGUGACAGCGUGCACGCGACUCACGGCGACAGACGCACGAACGGACGUUUCCAGCGCAGGAUUUAUCUUCACUUCCGGCUUUAGUGCAGGACGCGAAGGGAAAACGAGCUGCGUCCUGGAUUUCAAGUAGCUCUCGGCUAACUCCGUUAGCCUGUUAGCCUUCAACUAGCACACGCAACCUUAUUGGCUAAAGCGUGAUGUAGCCACAGCUCGUGCAAAAACAAACAACGCAAAACUUUCCGUGUAUUCACGGAAUUAUAACGUACACACGCGCGGUGUCGGAUUAAUAGCGCGUGCAACAACAACAACAACAACAAUAAUAAUCAAUCAGACAGAAUUGUAGCGCGCGAGGACCUGCGGCUUGCAAAACAUUUGCAUUAAACUGAAUGCAGGACUGAGCUCUCCAUCUGAGCAGGUUGUGUUCAGUGUGUCAUUGUUUCCCGGCGGACGCAGUGGGAUGGUGCUGGAUGACAGCGAGGGCAUGGCACUGUAGCCACACUGACUCGCGCCUCUGUUCGUCCGUCACCAUCACACCAGGCCGGUGCCCUGGACCACACACAGCAGCUUUCCCUCCAUGAGCACCUUCGCAUGAGCUCAUAAUGAGUGCCUCAGGUGAGAGUGGCCUGGACCCCGCCCCCCCGGAGUCACGCAAGAGGAAAGGCUCUCCCUGUGACACCUCUGGACCCAGUGGGGAGAAGUGGCGCAGGGAGCUGGAGUGUCGCUACAUCGACGAGCUGGCUGAGCUGCUGUCAGCUAACAUGGGUGACCUCGCCAGCCUCAGCGUGAAACCUGACAAAUGCCACAUUCUAAAGAGCAUGGUGGAGAAGAUCCAGCAGAUCAAGAGGCGGGAGCAGGAGAAAGUAGCUCUGAUGUCCCCUGAUGAUGAGGUGCAGAAGAGUGACGUGUCCUCCAGCAGUCAGGGCAUGGUGGAGAAGGAGGCUCUCGGUCCACUCCUCCUUGAGGCUCUGAACGGCUUCUUCUUUGUGGUGAACCGUGAGGGACGGAUUGUGUUUGUCUCCGAGAACGUCACAAACUACCUAGGUUACACCCAGGAAGAGCUGAUGACUUCCAGUGUCUACAGCAUCUUGCACGUUGGCGACCACAACGAGUUUGUGCGCAACCUACUCCCCAAGAGCCUCGUUAACGGCGUGCCAUGGCCACAGGAGCAGGGGCAGAGGAACAGUCACACGUUUAACUGUAGGCUUCUGAAAAGACCUCCAGAUGAAGCAGAUGCAGAAAACCAGGAGGCACGUCAGCAGUACGAGCACAUGCAGUGUUUCACCGUCUCUCAGCCCAGAGCAGUGCAGGAGGAAGGAGAUGACUUGCAGAGCUGCCUGAUAUGCAUUGCAUGCCGUGCGCCCCGAGUGCCACCGAUUCAUGUCAGUACAGAGUCCUUCAUCACCAAGCAGGACCCCACAGGGAAAAUCAUCUCCAUCGAGACAAGUGCUCUGAGAGCGACAGGCCGGCCAGGCUGGGAGGACCUGGUCAGGAAGUGCAUCUAUGCCUUCUUCCAGCCACAGGGCAAAGAACCCUCCCAUGCCAAGAAGCUGCUACAAGAGGUGAUGACCCAUGGUUCGGCCGUCAGCCCUCUGUACCGUUUCACUCUUAGUGACGGGACGCCCCUCAGUGCACAGACUCGCUGCAAGUUCUGCUGCCCUCCCAACCCCGACGUACAGCCAUUCAUCAUGGGCAUCCACACUAUCGACAGGGAAAACAACACUGCUAGCUCUCAGGAAAACACUACCCAUAGCCUCUUGUCCACACCAGCUGCCCCGGCUUGCUCUCCUGCCCUGCAGUCCUCUGGUGAAGUCAGUCUACACCACAACAAUGCCAAUGGAGGCACAUCUGGCAGUGGCACGAACAUCCCCAGUCGGAUUGCACCUCCUCAGCAGGGCAGUAGUCUGUCGCCUCUGGGCAGCCCCCUCGCAGCCACCCCUACCUCGUUCAUGUCUCCUCGGCCUCCCCGAGCCAGCCCGGGCCUGGCAAACAGCCCACGUGUCUCAGGCCACCCUUUUUCACCACCAACACCUGGCAUUCACUCUCCUGCUGGAACACUGGCACGGCAGCAUUCAGGCGGUGAUGGGUUGCCUUUUUCUCUUCCUUCCCCGCUGGCCAGGCAGACUACAACGCCCAGCAGCUCACCUGCACGUCCACUUCCAGCUAAGCUGCCUGAGCCAGGCCCCAACGACGAACCCAGAAGUGCUAACCCAAAACUCGGCCAGCUUCUGGACGGCACGGGGUGCUCCACAGACCAGGAGACCUCACCUGCAUCUCAGAGUCGCUUGGCACCCGCUGGCCAGUGUCCAGCAUCCCACAGCACGCUGACAGAGCGCCACAAGAUCCUGCACCGCCUGCUCCAGGACAGCCCUGCCGAAGGCACCAACGAGCCCGAGAUCAAGAAGGAGCCGCCAGCCGGUAGCCCAAGAACCGGUCUGGGCCUGCCACCUGCCAUAGGAAACGCUAAACAGCAGCUGCAACAACAACAACAACAACAACAACAGCAACAGCAGCAGGACCACCAGCUUCUCCGCUUCCUGCUCGACACAGAUGAGAAGGACCUGGUAGACCUGCCCCCUCCUGCAGUGCUAAGCCUGGACACAGUGCGCGUCAAAGCUGAGAACAAACAAGGAGACGAAAGUGGGCAGUGUAGCACUGCUACACCUCCUGCUCCACAAGUCACAUGCUCAUCCAAAUCCAGCGAUAAGCCAAGUCCGCAGUUUCCUGGUGCUGAUCUGCAUCCACUGAACCAGGUACUGCCCACCCUCAGACCUGUGGGGGAGAAGUCGGUGGAUGAAUCGGGGCUACCCCAGCAGGGUGGUGACGGCGUUCCCAUUGGUGUGAGCGUGAAACGUGAACCACCUGGAACACCGAGCCGUGUGUUCCCUGAUGGCUCUAGUCUCCAGAGUCAGUCACCCUUUGACUUCUGCAGUCCCUCCACACCCACCCAGGCUCAGAGCCAAGUUCCUGCUCCGGUCCUGGGGCAGAUUGACCCCUUUCAGCUACCCAAGGAAAGCAGUAGCCCCUUCAGUGACCCCUCCAGCAUCAGCAUGUUCAACACCAACACAGGCCUACCAAAGCUCGACGUUCCCGAGUCGCAGCAGUUCCAGCCCAUGUCUCUGGCUGAAUCCAUGCCUUUUGAUGGCACUCUGGGGAACCAGGCUAAUGCUCCUAUGUCCUCACCUCAGGAGCAAUGUGUUCCGUGUCCCCUGGAUGAGAUGCUAGUCCCGCCCACUACUCUGGAAGCUCAUAACGAUGAGAAGGUCCUGCUUGAGCAGCUUUUGUCUUUUCUGAGUGGCACAGAUGAAAGUGAGCUUGUGGAGCUCGACCGGGCGCUGGGCAUCGACAAGAUAGUACAAAGCGGAUGCCUGGAUCAAAUCACCCAGCGCUUUGCCCAGCCUCAGCCCUCAACCCCUCUGCCCAGUUACCCGUCCCAGUUCCCCAACUCUUCUUCACAGUUUACGGCUGAGAUAAACACGACACAGGGGAUGAAUUUCGGAUCGCCGCGCGGCUCCUUCCCCGGCAAUGUGGGUAUGAACCAGAUGCGGCCUGGAAUGAACCGGGCACCAGUGAUGAGCUCACAGAUCCGCCUGCCACCAAACCAGCUGAGACUGCAGCUACAGCAACGUGUACAGGGGCCUCAGCAGAUGCAGAACAGGUUGGCGGCCAUGAGCCAGUUUCCACAGGGGGUACCUGUUGCAAUGGGGGUAAGACCAGGCCUGCCUCAGCCCCAGAUGCCCUCACAGCCCCCGCUAAACGCUCAGAUGCUUGCUCAGAGGCAGAGGGAGCUCUACAGCUUCCAGCACCGCCAGAGGCAACUGCUGCAGCAGAAGGUCAUGAUGAUGAGGCAGGGAAUGAACCCCGGGCCCAUGGGAGCCCAGCGUCUCCCCAAAGGCCCUCAGCAGCCACAGCAGCAAGCGCAGCAGUUUGGCUACCCACCAGGCUACAACACUGUCCCUGGAAGCACCUCUACCUCCCCCAGCCACUUCAGCCCCAUGGGGACACCGAUGGACCCCAAAAUGUCUGCCAGGCUGCCAAUAGCCAACAACCAAGGCAUGAUAGGAGGCAUGCAGGGGCAAUUUGGGGCACCGGUCAACGCUCCUGUUCAGCAGGGGCUCUUCCAGCAGUUCGGGGGUGCAGGUAUGCUCCAGCAAGGAGAUCCAUCAUUCAACCCUGAGCUCGGCCCCACCAGCCCCUUGCUGUCACCACAGAACCCCACCUCCCAGAGUCCUCUGCUUCAGCAGACUCAGCCCCCACCUGGCUACCAGUCACCUGACAUCAAGAACUGGCAAGGAGGCGUGACUAACAGUUUGUAUAACCAGCCUGGUCAGACUGGCUCACAGAGUUUUGGACAGCAGGGUGUGUACAACAACAUGAGUAUCACUGUCUCCAUGGCCGGGGGUUCGGGAGCCGCGGGUUCACUACCUCCUAUUGGACCACCGGUUGCCAUCGGCAACAACAGCCUCGGCAGUGUCGGCUCUAUGUGUAAUGAUCAGGUACAACAGGUUCAAGUGUUUGCCGAUGUCCAGUGCACUGUGAACCUAGUGGGGAGUGACUCCUACCUGAAUCAGCCUGGCCAAGUAGGCCAUCAGAAGCCCCAGAGCAGCACCAGCACUUCGCAGUCACAGCAGAAGAGUCUCUUACAGCAGCUCCUGACUGAGUGACCCUGACUCUCUCUCACACACACACUCAGACAUACAUACACACACACCCCUAUGUAGAGACAUCCCCAACAUCAGAGUUUCUGUUCGUCACCAUUCUGGUUUGUGUUUGGGGAACGGCUGCUGAGUUCGGGACGUAUGGUCCGGGUUGUCAGACGGCUGAAGCAGCGCUCAUUCCUGCUCACCUACAUUUCAAAGUCUGCUUCCUCAAUAGGGUUCAAAACAAGCGAUAUAAUGAUCACGUUCCAGAAAUUUGCCAAGUUCUAUAAAAGGACCUGCUGCUUUCUCGCCAGCUCACAUCCCUAACUAGGCCAUCGGCACCGUGCUUCAUGGAAACUGGGGCAGGGACUUGCUGCAGUUAUGUGUAAGCCUCGUCAAUGGGACAGCGCUUGUGAGUUUAGGUUCUCUCGCACUGGACAGCUCAGUUUCAGCUGGAUCUGUGACUGAUCAGCUCUUCUCACACAAUGGGGAGUUUUCCCAGCGUUACGUUUUUUCCUCUCUCUCUCGACCGAUUUCCUCAAUGAGUUUUAUUUUCUUUCGUUGCCUGUUUUGUCAGAACAAGCAUCAACAGGUUGGGAGAAACAUCUCAGAUCUACUACAAGCUUUCCUGGGAGAACUCGUUUUAAAACGGCAGACAUUUUUAAAACAAACAUAAACAAAUGUCCCAGACGUCCCUCCACCCACCUCUCAGCAGCUGUGAAUACGAGCCACUUUAAGGUCACAUCAGCCUAUCAGUGUUGUUUGCCAUGUGUGUAUUGUACAGGUUGGUAUUAUUGUACAGCACAACAGGGGACAAAGGUCAGGACGAGCUCUCACACGUUCUGAUUUCUGUUUGGAAAAACCUUGUGGAAUCACUCUACAGCCAAACGUCAUGGGUUUUUAAACUGGCUCUCUUCUUUUAUAGCUUAUAAGAACGUUUUUUUUUUUCUUUCUUUCUUUCUUUCUUCUUAUUUUAAAAGAAUGAUGUUUGAAAUCAAGAAAUUGUAUGUACUAAGUAACAGCUGAAUAUGACCUGGGGAGAUGUCUCGCUCUCACGUCAUGAAGGAAAGGGAAAAGAGAGGUCUUGCAAAAUUAUAUAUAGAAAUAGAAAUAUAUAU